AAGAAGAUAAAGCGGGCCUCGAGCUAGUCGACUCCGGGGGGCCAUUCAUUCCUCAGUAGACGGGUUCACUUCAUUCCGCUAGCAUGGCAUCCGUAGAGCAACGAGGGAACUGGGGCUCUAAAACGGAAUUUAUUUUGUCCUGCAUGGGUUACGCAAUCGGCAUCGGGAACGUUUGGAGAUUUCCGUAUCUUUGCUAUCGAAGUGGCGGCGGAGCAUUUCUAGUGCCAUACCUACUGAUGCUGUUUCUGUGCGGAAUUCCGUUGUUUUUCCUGGAAGUGUGUUUGGGACAAUUUUCGGGAACGGGUUGCGUGACGGUGUUCAAUAUUGCUCCGUUGUUGAAGGGAGCCGGUCUGGCGAUUGUGGUGAUAAAUUUUAUUUGCACUUCGUACUACAACGUGAUCAUUGCCUACCCGAUCUUGUUUCUGUGGAAAACCCUGCGGGUUCAGCUUCCGUGGGAGAACUGUGACAAUCCGUGGAAUACGCCGAGUUGUUUGGAGAUAAACAACGGUGACGAUCGGGUUGAAGUUUUGCAGAAUACGUCCGAGCGGCUACGGACUCCGGCAGAUGAAUUUUUUCACAAUGAAAUUCUUCGCAUUUCGGACGGAAUCGAUUCACCGGGUGGCAUCGUGUGGCCGUUGCAGGCCUGUGACUUGAUCGCCUGGUUGGUGAUCUAUGCUUGCCUGAUCAAUGGAGUGAAAUCCGUCGGCAAGGUGGUCUAUUUUACGGCCACCUUUCCGUUUGUGAUCCUUGCCAUUCUGUUCGUUCGCGGAAUGACACUACCGGGAGCGAUGGACGGCGUUCGGUUCUACAUCAUGCCCAACUGGGCCGAGUUGACGAAUUUAAAGGUUUGGGCUGAUGCGGCCGUGCAAAUAUUCUUCUCACUUGGACCCGGAUGGGGUGGAAUCAUUAACAUGGCCAGUUACAACCAGUUCAAAAAUAAUACCAGAUUUGAUGCGAUCCUCGUACCGAUCGUGAACUGUGGGACCAGCAUCUUUGCCGGGUUUGUGGUAUUCUCGGUGCUGGGAUAUUUGUCACAUCGCACGGGACUUCCGGUGUCAACUGUGGCCACCGGAGGACCUGGCUUGGCAUUCGUUACCUAUCCGGAAGCAAUCGGAAUGCUACCUUUUCCACAGCUUUGGGCUUGUCUAUUUUUUGUGAUGUUGUUUCUACUCGGUGUCGAUAGCAUGUUUGUUCAAAUAGAAGCAAUUUUAUCAUCAGUUGUUGAUGUCUAUCCGGAACUGAGGGCCCGCAAGCGUUGGAUUACUCUCGGAACUUGUUUCUCAAUGUUUUUGAUUUCGAUUCUUUUCACGACACAGGGUGGAAUGUAUUUGCUUCAACUGUUCGAUUGGUAUGCGGCCUCCAUCUCCGUCAUUUUGGUGUGCAUCAUGGAAAUCGUAGCCGUGGCAUGGAUCUACGGUGUACGGGAAUUCGUGCGAGAUAUCGAGUUCAUGAUCGGGAAACGCAUCGAGUAUUACUGGGUGGUCUCUUGGAAGUACAUAACUCCGCUAAUAUUGACAUUUAUUUUUUUCACAACUAUUGUGUACAACACAGAGAUCUCCUACAAUGGUGUGUCGUAUCCGCGUUGGGCAGUUGUGCUAGGCUGGGUCAGCUGUUCACUAUCGAUGGUUUGUAUUCCAGGAUACGCGAUAUACGGGCUGGCUUCAGCUAAGGGAUCCUUUGUUGAGAGAAUGAAGCAAAUGCUCGCCCCUUAUGAUUGGGGUCCAGCUGACGAAUUCCAGAGAACACUUUGGAGAGGACAUAUUGCGAUGCUCAAUAAAAACUGAAGCGAAAAUCAGCUGAAGUUCUUGUAAUUUUUUGUUUUCAAUAUCAUUCAGUAGUAAAAUUGUAAAUUAAAUGUUUUGUCUUCAUGAUUAACUAGCUGACCCGUCGAACUUCGUCUCUCCCAAAAAUUAUUUGUCC